AUGGUCCUAACCAGCCAGGAGCUUCUUCAACGCCACGAGGCCAGCCUCGUCAACUUCGAGCCUCUGCCGCUCUUGUCUGAGCUUGAACCAGCGCAGAUGCCCCGGAUGUUGAUCAUCACUUGUGCAGAUCCUCGAUGCAUCCCCGAGAACAUCUUCAACCUGCACACCGGAGAGGCGGUAGUGUACCGCGUCCCGGGAGGCAAUGCUCAAUUCCUGCUGGAGCACGUUCUUUCGCUUGACUCCCUGCUCCACUUCACGGAGUGCAUCAUUGUUCAGCAUACCGAUUGUGGUGCGACCCAUUUUCGGGAUGACAAAGUCAAGGAAGGUCUGAGAGAGCGAGCACCAGACCUCGAGCAACAAAUUGAGGGGUUGAAGUUUGGCGAAAUCACAGGAUCACUUGAUGAGAACGUCAAGAAAAGCAUUGAUUUCUUGCGGGCGUCUGCGUUGGUACCCGAAGAGCUGAAGGCGAACACUAGGGGGUUUGUCUUCGACCUCAAGACUGGAAAUCUCAAGGAAGUCGAUGUCUAA